CGGGUAUCAAUUAAAUCACCAGGACGACGUUUACAAAUGGAGGUGUUUUCGUUUUCCCCUCUUGUUCAUUAGGUUUUAGAAAGAUCUUUCCAGAGUUGUCUGGGCUAGUCAAAGAUGGUGCUUACAGAUCUCCCCUUUGAUCGGCGCUCGAUCAUCCAGAGUCGAUAUGAGAUCAUAAGACGCCCGGGAAGCGCUCCACCGGAGGGCAAAGAUGAGGAAGAUGUGAGGAACGAGAGUAAGGAAUAUGCUGCAUUCCUUCGGGAUCAAAACAAAAAACCAUCUAAGAAAGUUGAACAGGAGAAGAAGUUUGGCCAAGGUGCAUCUGUUGACAGCAAACUAAAGUACACUUACACUACAUCAUCCAAGUAUGAACGCUCAGCCCAAAAAGAUGAAAAUGGCCGACCAAAAACCGUCAUCGAUUUGUCUUUACAAGUCGAGAAAGAUAAGAAGAAUUAUGAGAAGAGGAUCAAAACUAUUGAGGACCAUAUGUGGCAACAUAAACAGGAAGAAAGGGAGCUGAAGAGAGCAGAGGGAGACAUUGUAAAAAACCAGAGAGCAGUCAGACAGACUGUCAGGGGUUUUGAACAAUCAAUUAACAAGAAAAGAUUUGCUGAGGAGAAAAAACUAGGUGUCGGCCUUGAAAAAUAUACACGGUUGCAGCGAGAUUAUACGCAUAAUAAAGAGGAGUUAACCAAACAAAGGACAGAAAAAGUUUCGAAUCUAGAGCAUGCCAAUAAAGACAAGGACAGGAAAGUUAAACUUGCCACAUCUGAUCUUGCUAGAACUUAUAAAAGCAAAAUGCAGGAGCUAGAUCUUCGUGAUAUAGAAAUGGGUCGAAUCAACUCUGAGUAUACGACCCAUUUACGCAUGAAAGAAGAGGAGCAGUUUCGAUUAAAACAAGAACUAGCUGAACUUGCCAUAGCACUCAACAUGGAGGCCCAGAAGGGAAGACAGACAAGAGUGGAUGGGGAAAAGGAGAGACGAAGAGAACUCCAAGCAAAAAUAGAUGAUGACAAAGCCAAUGAAUCAGCCUUAAAUAACAAGUUAUUAAAAAGCCAAGGUGAUGUAAAAGGUGCUGACAUAACAAAAAGAAAGCUGAGUGCCGACCUGACAUUAACAAAGGCUCACAUGGCAAUAAAAGCUCGUGAAGAAGGUCGCCAUUUACAAGAUACUCAUAUCAAACUGGAAGAUAAUCGAGCUCAUCAACGCCAACUGAACCUAGCUUCAAUGCAUGCUGAUAUGGAACUCAAAACAAAGAAAUUAGAACAGAAAUUACAGGCCACAGAAUCUCGAAAGAUGCGAAUGAUGAGCCAGGCGUUGAGGGAGAAGAAAGAGCGGGAAGAGGCCCAGGAAUCAUUGCUCUCGCAGAAACAUAUCAAACGAUACAAUGAGCAGAAGCGAAGAGAACACGAGGAUCAUCUCAAACAUUUCCAGAAAAAGGUCAGGAAAUCUGAGGAGAUUGAGCAAGACCUUUACGGCAAAGUUCGCAAUGCUGAAUAUGCCAGACAGAAACAAGAACAAUCUGUCAGACGUAUGCAGAAUAAACUCGGUGAAAUCAAGAGAAAGAAUGCUGUCAAGUUAAAGGAGGAGACAGUUAAUUGUCAGAACGCGGAGAGAGAGAUGGAACAACAGCUCAUUAGGGAACAAGCUGAAUUAGAUAAGGUCCAUGCCCAGCGUGAAGAGAAUUACUUUACGCUCCAGAAGCACCGGGCGCUCAUGCAAGAGGAGAAGCAUCACUGCACGGAGCAUGAGCGGGAACAUGAAAGACUCAUGCGGAUAGGAACCAAGACGGAAAUGGUGAUGGUUUAGAGUGACGGUAACUGGAGACAGACGAGGGACGAUGAUAUCAUUGUCCCAGCAAGUACCUUUCAAGUAACUUUUCAAGGAAGUGUCAGGAGAUUUAGCGUUUUUCUGUUUCUUCUUGAAGAUGAACCUCUGUACCACUCACUUUGAGAGCUUACAUUGACAUGUAAUCAAGGGUUGGCUCCCCCUUGUAGAGUCAAAAAGUAGAGUCAGCCCUAAAAUGUUUGAUUCAAGGAGUAAAACUAUAAAAAGCAUGUUUGUGACCUAAUAGUGAAACAUUCAAUAUGAUCUCAAAUGAUAAUGCGGGUUAGCAGUGGUGACACAUUGUACAUUUGCUUUAUGUAAAUGCUGAACAUUAUCACUAUCGAUAUCAAUUUCCUUAUCAAGUAUUCAUGCUGGAAUAAGAUGAAGGCAAAAUCUGUUGCAAAUAAAUGCUUUUUUACAUGAAAGGAAGGAAACAGUUUCGUCGAUCUUUUCUCAUCAGUUGUUGGUGUGUUUCUCCUCUAAAAUCAGUUGCUGUUAUUCUUGUGAAGUGAAUGGCUUUUCAGUGAUAGCGCUCUCAACCACCUUCAGGCCAUUUCCUGAUAGAAAUGAUCUGUUUUGAGGUGUUUAACCUCAUGACAUUCAAAAGUGUUCACUUCAUUCAACCAGACAUCCUCAAUAAGUUUUUUUACUUUUCUAAGUUGAAGAAUUGAGAGGUAACGAGAUGAUUUAGGUAAAGGCAGACAAUGUGUGUCUUCUCUUUUGAAAAGACUAUUAUUACCUGUUUUGUGUCAAGGAGCUUGACUCAGAUAUUAAAGGAAGAGGACCAGUUAAAGGCCAUGCAAGGAUUUUUGAUUGAGCAAAUCUGGUCUUUAAGGAGAUGCAGGGGGCAUAAUGAGGUGUAAUACUAGAGCAAGUCACUUUUCUGUUUGAAUACAAAGAUUCUACACCUUCAUUUAUAACUUUCAUCUGACUCUUGAUUAAUGGCCUAUUGAAGUGCAGUGGGAGUGUUGACGCAGUAGAAUUACAACUUUGAUGAUAUUUAAUCUAGACUGCAAACAUAACAGGCGAAGUAUACCGUAAACCUGUUCAUGAUUCGGGAGGCAAACAUGUAAAUACUGGUCUUGUGCUGCACUCAGUGCUGUGCCCUUCACUUGUUACUAUUAGACUGUAUUUUCAUAUUUUUGAUAGUCUUUAUCCAUCUGAUGGCAUUCUGUGAUAACUCUAGCUAUGUACUAUGUAUUAUACUUUGUAAACCUUUACUAAAAUGUAUUUCUAGGUCUGUGUACAGUGCCCUUUAGUCUGUGAUAUGUCGUGUCGCUGAAUUUUUCUUGUGAAAACAUUUAGGAUUUGAUCAAGGUAGAAUGAUUGAAAGAGACACCAAAUGCAAGUGUAAGAUAUUGUGUUAUAUCAAGAACUUUUGCUAGCUGUCCCAUGAGGACGUGAUGUUAUGCUAAUGAAACAGAUUUUCAAGUCAUUUAGGCCUUAAAAUCGCUUGUAUCGGUAUCUUUCCUGUAAUGUCUCAAAGUGCCUUUAUUAAGCAAUGUGCAAGUGAGUGAUUUUAAUCAAUGCGACCUGCAACGUAGCCAGGCAAUGUGACCAGUGAUCGAAUGCAAUUUGUUUAACCAAUGGGUGGCCACAUUCCAACCACAAUCGUCAAUGUUGUAAUGUCUGCCUCCCAGUUUGCUUUCAAAAUUGCUCAUUUGCACGGUGCUUUAUCCUUCUCCAAAAGAGUUUGCUUUAGCGUAGGCUUAAGAUGACAGCAUACCUGGCCAAUAAGAUAGUUGCUAUUGUAAAUAAUGUAGAAUACUUAGUAUUCAGUGUUUCAAGGGUGAGAAUCUGAUUGUGAGAGCACAAACUGCACGCGUUGAUAACCACGGGCAGUAGAUUUACGACAGGAAUGAAAGUGUGGUCAUGUUUGUUGUUUGUAAGCAAUAACAGUUUUGUCCAAGGCACCACGAUUGUUGAAGUUCACCCAUCUCAAAUUCCAAUAAAGUUAUAAAAAUAUCA